AUGGCUGAAAACAUCUCGGCUUCAACUCCGUCCUCUAUGGCAUCCGCCCCGCAGCCUGCGGCUGGAGCUCAGAACCAGCAGUACGAGACUGCCCAAGGCAACGGCCAGACCAACCCGUCCCACAUGCCUCCGCCGCCACGCCCGCCAGUGAUCAUCCCCCAGAACACCAACCCCAUUCCCACGGCCAUGACCUCGCCUAUGUCGGGCAACAUGAUGUCUCCUACAAGUGCGGGUGGUUAUGUCCGUCGGGCGGCCCCCGAACCUAACAAGCGCGCUCUCUACGUUGGUGGUCUGGACCCCCGGGUGACAGAAGACAUUCUCAAGCAGAUUUUUGAGACGACUGGCCACGUGGUCAGCGUCAAGAUCAUCCCCGACAAGAAUGUGAGCGACUCCGAUACCUCGCUCCCACGACAAUUUCGGGAUGCGACCCCAACUUUUAACAGCAAGGGCUACAACUACGGCUUUGUCGAGUUUGAUGACCCUGGUGCCGCCGAACGUGCCAUGCAGACUUUGAACGGACGUCGCAUCCAUCAGUCGGAAAUUCGGGUCAACUGGGCCUACCAGGGCAACAACACCAACAAGGAGGAUACCUCGAACCACUUCCACAUCUUUGUCGGCGACCUGAGCAAUGAAGUCAACGACGAAAUCCUGCUGCAAGCCUUCUCCGCCUUUGGUACCAUCUCCGAGGCUCGUGUCAUGUGGGAUAUGAAGACCGGUCGCUCGCGUGGAUACGGAUUCGUUGCCUUCCGUGACCGCGUAGAGGCUGACAAGGCGCUCAAUGCGAUGGAUGGGGAAUGGUUGGGCUCUCGUGCCAUUCGCUGCAACUGGGCCAACCAGAAGGGCCAGCCUUCGAUCUCUCAGCAACAGGCGAUGGCGGCGAUGGGCAUGACCCCCACCACUCCUUUCGGCCACCACCACUUCCCUACCCAGGGCAUUCAGAGCUACGAUAUGGUUGCCACGCAGACUCCGCAAUGGCAGACGACCUGUUACGUUGGCAACCUGACCCCGUAUACCACCCAAAAUGACUUGAUUCCGCUUUUCCAGAACUUUGGGUACGUUCUUGAGACUCGCCUGCAGGCCGACCGGGGCUUCGCCUUUGUCAAGAUGGAUUCGCAUGAGAACGCCGCCAUGGCCAUUUGCCAGCUUAAUGGCUACAACGUCAACGGCCGUCCCCUCAAGUGCAGCUGGGGCAAGGACCGACCUCCUACCGGUCAGUUCGACAACUUCACUGCGCCGCAAGCCAAUGCCGGAUUUAACAACAGCCCCGCUGGCUUCUUCCCCCAGUAUGGCGGCCCUCAAAACCCCAUGAAUCAAGGUCCUGCCCCUGCUGGCCGAGGCUGGGAUCAACAAGGCAACAACUUUGGCGGACCUGGUAUGCCCGGACAGGGCUAUCCCCAGGGACCCCAGGGUAAUGCUGGAGGUUAUGGGCGUGGCCAGCCCAUGUCCCCGUCUGGUAACUGGGACCAGUCCAACAACAACUUUAAUGGAGGCUACCAGGCGUAA